AUUUGUCUCUCUCUCCAUUCUCUCCCUCCUGUGCACUGAAGAACCAUAGAGGAGAGCCCAAAGAGACGCGAAGAGCUCCCUUCUAGAAUCUAAAUUAGAAGCCGAAGAUACGAGAACCAGCCGCAACCCAGUUAUUGCUAUGCAAAGUCAACACCAUUGACGAGGAAUGUGUCAUGGAUUCUGAUGAGGGUCGGGGUUUCAGAAGCUUUGAGGAGAGUUCAUGGAGUAUUGUAGACUGCUUGUCGGGCUAAAUCUGUCACUAAUUUCUAAGGAAUAUGGCUCUCCAGAAAUAUCCUCCAUCUGGUGAUGCACCCACUGUGAAUAUGAAACGUUUGACUUUUACCAGUAAGCUGCGUGAGAAGGGUCAGCUGGAGGUGGCAAGUCGGAAUCAUGCUGUGGAUGUGGACGUUGACCUUCGAGAAGUUUAUUUUCUCAUUAUGCAUUUUCUUUCUUCCGGGCCAUGUCAUAGAACUUGUGUUCAAUUAUGGAAUGAGCUUCUUGAGCAUCAACUCUUACCUAGAAGGUAUCAUGCUUGGUAUUCAAGGAGUGGGAUGCCUAGCGGAGAUGAAGAUGAUAAUGGUCUAUCAUUCCCUUUAAGUUACAAUCAGUUGGUGGACAGGUAUCCUCACAUUGAAAAGGAUCACUUGGUAAAGCUUUUGAAGCAAUUGAUAUCAAGGGCAACAUCCCCAUCAUUUGGCAUGAGUCGUGGAAGUGCUCCUAAUGCAGCUGAUGUACCUACCCUUCUUGGAACGGGUUCCUUUUCACUUCUGAGUGAUGAGAAGGACAAAACAAAUGAAGUCAAACGACAGCGACCUUACAUGCGCUGGCCUCAUAUGAAAGCCAAUCAGGUCCAAGGACUUCGUUUAAGGGAAAUUGGUGGUGGUUUCACUAGGCACCAUCGUGCACCAUCUAUACGUGCUGCGUGCUAUGCCAUUGCAAAACCUUCGACCAUGGUACAAAAGAUGCAAAAUAUAAAGAGGAUGAGAGGGCACCGUAAUGCUGUGUAUUGUGCUACAUUUGACCGGUCUGGGAGGUAUGUUAUUACGGGUUCAGAUGAUCGACUUGUGAAAAUUUGGUCAAUGGAAACUGCAUAUUGUUUGGCUAGUUGUCGUGGACAUGAUGGGGAUAUCACUGACUUAGCUGUCAGUUCAAACAAUGCCUUAGUUGCAUCCUCUUCAAAUGACUGUAUCAUACGAGUUUGGCGCUUGCCUGAUGGCCUACCAAUAUCAGUUUUGCGUGGUCAUACUGGAGCAGUUACUGCUAUAGCAUUUAGUCCUAGACCUAGUGCUGUGUACCAACUUUUAUCGUCAUCUGACGAUGGAACUUGUAGAAUUUGGGAUGCAAGGCAUUCCCAAUCAAAUCCGCGAAUAUAUGUCCCAAGGCCUUCUGAUUCUGUUAUUGGGAGGAGCAGUGGCCCAUCUUCAAGUAAUUUUCCACAGAGCCAUCAGAUUUUUUGUUGUGCAUUUAAUGCUAGUGGAACUGUCUUUGUCACUGGGAGUUCUGACAAUCUUGCCAGGGUAUGGAAUGCCUGUAAACCAAGCCCGGAUGAUUCUGACCAACCAAAUUAUGAGAUAGAUGUGUUAUCAGGGCACGAAAAUGAUGUUAAUUAUGUCCAAUUCAGUGGAUGUGCAGUUGCUUCUCGAUUCUCCACGGCAGACACUUGCAGAGAGGAUAAUAUUCCCAAAUUUAAGAAUUCCUGGUUCAAUCAUGACAAUAUAGUUACAUGCUCUCGUGAUGGGAGUGCUAUUAUAUGGAUUUCCAAAUCUCGCAAGUCACAUGGGAAAACUUGUCGAUGGACACGGGCAUAUCAUCUUAGGGUUCCACCACCUCCAAUGCCUCCUCAACCUCAGAGAGGGGGUCCUCGUCAGCGAAUAUUACCAACUCCACGUGGUGUAAAUAUGAUUAUUUGGAGCCUAGACAACCGUUUUGUUCUGGCAGCUAUCAUGGAUUGCAGAAUUUGUGUUUGGAAUGCUUCUGAUGGCAGCUUAGUGCACUCCUUGACUGGACAUACUGAAUCCACAUAUGUUCUGGAUGUUCAUCCAUUCAAUCCCCGGAUAGCUAUGAGUGCUGGAUAUGAUGGAAGAACCAUUGUGUGGGAUAUAUGGGAAGGCAAGCCUAUUCGGAUAUACGAGAUGUCGCGUUUCAAGCUGGUUGAUGGAAAAUUUUCCCCAGAUGGGACAUCAAUUAUACUUUCAGAUGAUGUUGGUCAAUUGUACAUAUUAAGCACUGGUCAGGGUGAGUCUCAAAAUGAUGCCCAAUAUGAUCAGUUCUUCCUUGGUGAUUAUCGCCCCCUUAUUCAAGAUACCCAUGGUGGUGUCCUUGACCAGGAAACUCAGCUUGUUCCAUAUCGACGGAAUUUGCAAGAUCUGCUAUGUGAUUCAGCUAUGAUACCAUACCCUGAACCCUAUCAGAGUGAAUAUCAGCGAAGACGUUUAGGAGCUUUAGGCAUCGAGUGGCGCCCUUCAUCACUGAGGCUUGCUGUUGGUCCUGACUUUAGUCUGGACCCAGAAUAUCAGAUGUUUCCAUUGGCGGACUUGGACAUGCUAGCAGAACCAUUGCCUGAAUUUGCAGAUGCCAUCGAUUGGGAACCGGAAAAUGAAGUGCAUAGUGAUGACACGGAUUCAGAGUAUAAUGUCACAGAAGAUUCCUCUUCUGGGGGCGAGAAAGAAUGUUCAAGUUCCAAUGCCUCUGGUGAUCCAGUUUGCACUAUAGAUGAUAGUGAGGGGGAGGGGACUCACAUGGAUGGCAACCGUAGAUUAAAAAGGAAAAAACAGAAGACUGAAACUGAGAUUAUGACUUCUUCUGGGAGACGUGUGAAAAGGAGGAAUUUGGAUGAGUGUGAUGAUAAUGCCUUGAGGAACAAUCGAAGCAGGAAAGGAAAAAGUGGCCGAAAAGCAUCAAGUAGGAGAUCAUCUAAAUCAAAAUCUUCAAGGCCUCGAAGAGCUGCUGCACGCAAUGCUCUGCAUUUAUUUUCUAAAAUUACAGGUACAUCAACCGAUGGAGAAGAAGAUAGUUUUGAUGGUGAUUUUUCAGGUAGUGAAUCAUCAUUGCUAGAGUCUGAAAGUGAUGAGUCUGGUAGAGAUUUGCAUAAUGAUCAGCAAAGAUAUUUGAAGGGGAAGGAGGUAUCAAUGGACGUAUCUGAGGACAUGAAAUCAGAUGAACUUAUUGAGACUCGUCCUAAUGCAGUGAACAGGAGGAGAUUGGUUCUUAAGUUCCCAGUUCGAGAUUCUAAAUCUGUGCUUGAGACCACUGAGCAUAAGUUUGACAAUCAAGCUGAGUUGGUUGCCUCAUCAUCAAAGUCUGCUCAGCAAGCUACUGAUGUUAAUAGUGACCGAUCAUGUUCCAAGGAUCUUGUGUAUAAUUCUGGCAGCGUAAAUCAUCAUAAAAUUGAAAGGGGUCAAGUUAACUUAGAUCAUAUAGAAGAUACCGUAGACUUGUUUGAUGGCUAUAUGAAAGGAAAAAUUCGAUGGGGAAUGGUUAGGGCUCGUACGUCUAGGUGUUCAAGAGUGGGAGGUGCGUCAUCAGAUGCAAAUGCCAGAUCUAUUAUUUGUCUCAAUGAUAAACAAAAUUUUGUCAAUGAUCAUGAGAAAGAGGACAAGGAUUUUAGUAUGCUGUCCCCUCCUUUGGAAAUCCAAAAAGAUGAGGAAAAGAUGGAUAAUUUGACUGUAAUCAAUGAGAAUUGUGUUGCGACUGCCUCAGAGCCUCAUAAUACUUCUGAGAAUGAAAACUGGCCCUUAGCUUCUAGCAAUUACAGGGAUAAAGAUGAAGCUCUAACAUCUGGCAUGGAUGCUCAUCAUACAACUGUUGGUUCUAUCAACCGCAGCAGUGGGCCUGAUCAUCUCCCGGAACCAUAUAUUGGUUUUCCAUCCGUUUCAACAAAGGUAAGAUCUAAAAGGAGUUCAAGGGACCUUGGAAGUCCAGCGAAGAAUGAAACAAAAUCUUUAGUGCCAAGGAGUGGUUGCUCUGGUUCAACAGUAAAUGAUUUGAACGAGGAACCGGAUGUAGUUUUGGCUGCAGAUGACAGCGGUAUAGCAAAAUCAAACCAAGGAGAUAAUGGAGGUCAAGAGAUAAAUGCACAGAUUGGCAAAAAUUUUACAUCACAUGAUUCACUAGAGCCCCAGGCACAUAGAGAUAAAAUGUAUAAAGCUGUUUAUAGAAGAUCAAGAUCGAAUAGGGCUAUGACUAAUGCAGGUGAUGGUAGUGGCCCUGGAGAAUCUGCUUCAAAUGGGAGUAAUGUUAAUCUCAAUCUGGAAGUGGACCGCAACAAUGGAACAAAUGAACCAGCUCAUACGGCUUGGUCCUUAGAUGUGGAACCAGCUACUUCUGACCCAAAAAAUGGAUUGAAUAAUUUCAAAAAUCAUCAAGUUCAUGAAUAUUGUACUAUUAGAAGUCCCCAGAAUGGUUCCUCAAACAGAGGACAACCAACAGAAGAGCAAGGUUCUAGUUCAAAAAUCACAGUUGGAUUGAGAUCCACCAGGAAUCGGAGGGUUAGUUAUCAUCACAUCCAUGAGAGUAGUCCUCCAAUUAGAAAAAAGGCAUCUCAGUCAACAACUAAAGGAUCGUGGUUAUUGUUGUCAACACAUGAGGAAGGGUGCAGAUAUAUCCCCCAACAGGCAGAUGAAGUUGUAUAUCUGAGACAGGGGCACCAGGAGUAUAUAGAAUAUAGUGGUGCGAGAGAAUCAGGCCCGUGGAUAUCAUUGAAGGGACAAGUAAGAGCUGUAGAAUACUGCAGAGUUCAAAGCCUUGAGUACUCUACAGUCCCGGGGUCUGGCGAUAGCUGCUGCAAAAUGACCCUUCAGUUUGUAGAUCCUGCUUCAAGCGUGGCUGGCAAAUCUUUUAAGUUGUCCCUACCUGAAGUGACUGGUUUUCCAGAUUUUCUUGUUGAAAGAACUAGGUUUGAUGCUGCAAUGGCAAGAAAUUGGACACACAGGGAUAAAUGUAGGGUUUGGUGGAAAAAUGAGGGUGACUUUGAUGGGAGUUGGUGGGAUGGUCGUAUUCUGUGUGUUAAGCCCAAGUCUUCUGAAUUUCCCGACAGUCCAUGGGAGAGGUAUAGCAUUCGAUACAAGAAUGACCCCAUGGAAACACAUUUACAUAGCCCUUGGGAGCUCUUUGAUGCUGAUACUGAAUGGGAACAACCUCAUAUUGAUGAUUCAAGGCGAAGUAGGCUUUUAUCUGCCUUUGAAAAAUUGCUGCAGUCAGGCCACAGAGAUCAGGAUCGAUAUGGGGUUCGAGAACUGAACAAAGUUUCAAAUAAGUCAAAAUUUAUAAACAGGUUUCCUGUUCCUCUCACCCUUGAGUUGAUACACUCAAGGUUGGAGAACAAUUACUACCGGACUUUAGAGGCACUUGAGCAUGAUGUGACAGUUCUUCUGUCUAAUGCUUCUUCUUUCUUUGAAAAGGAUGCAGAGCUCUCAGCAAAAAUAAGGCGCCUAUCAGAAUGGUUUACACGGACAUUUUCAUCUCUAUAGCCCUUAGGUUGCGACGGAGGUUGACCAGCAUUGAGGCUGAAGCAGGCCCAGCUGUUCAUUUCCUGCAUGUAUUUUUGUAGAUAGAUUAUUUAUGGUACCUUCGGAUUAGUUUUUUUUUUUUCUUUUCCCCUUUUUCUUUUUCAAUUUUUUUUCUAGCAUUGGCGGAAUUCUCUGGUGGUAGAGAUAGGGAGCAACAUGAGGAAAAAGUAGCAGUUUGCUGGGGAAAAUUUCUGCAGCGAAAUUCAUUGUUGUACAGAAACAUCAUUGAUUACAAAUGAAAAAAUUAACAUGAGGAAAUUCUGGUCCUUAUUUCCA